AUGCUGAAAGUAUUGGGGUACCUGCUGUUUAUGGUAUAUGUGAGCCUAUGUGCUUCGGAGGAGUUGCAGAACCAGACAAAUGUUCCAGCAAUAAUGUUCUCCUACAAACUAACGCCUGGCAUUUUAAAGUACCAAGAAGGCUAUGAUAUGGCUCUGACGCUGCCAGCGAGCGACUUUCUCGAAACGGCAGAGAAGUUUGUGGGCUCAUGCGAUGCCGACACCUAUGUGUUAGUUAACCAGCCGGGACUGAGGAGGCUAGAUUUUUUGGAAUUUCAGACUGAAUUUGCCUCCCUACGAAGAUAUGUAAAACAGAGUUCAACAGCAAUUAAGUUUGAAAAGGUGGAGUUACUGUCUCAGGAUUUUUACGAUGACCUUGCAGACUACUUGAAUGAGUACUGUAAUGCAGGACAGGUGUUGAAGCUACGGGGCAACCAUACGGAGGAUUUCCAACCCUUUAUUGACAGUGAGAGGAGGGUCGUCAUCAUCGAGUAUCCAAUGUUACCAGAAGACACGGGUCUACGUAGGGAAGCCAUAGGCCAUUAUGACAAGUAUCUGAGAACCGUCCUCGCACAGAUCCCUUCACCGGAACAAAAAAUCAUAUACACCUCAUUGAAUCCAGGAACCGCUCUGGCUCACGAGUCAAUCGUUCCCAUUGAUAUUUUCCCAGACAUUUUUGACACCAAAUCUAGAGCUGGGGAAGUGGAACAGAAUAACAGGGUGUUGGAUGUUCCUCCACUGUCAUUCAAUGAUUACGCUCCACGGUUCUUGGAGCCCCCUUCUAAGUAUAUUUCGAUUUUUGACCCGGAAUUCAUCCAGGACAAUAGAGUCCUACUUCAACUGAUCUUGACAUCUUUAAUCGGGUUUGUCCUCUUUCAACUCUUUGCCCCAAAGAAAAGGGAUGUCGUGGGUACCAAGGCUAACACAAGUAAAAAAGAGACUACCUCAUCGUCACCAAAGACGCAAGAGGCCAAAAAAGUGGUCUCUGAGUGA